AUGGAGGGGCUGCAGCGUGUGCACAGAAAGACAGGGAUGCUGGGCAGGAGUGUGGAGCACAAAGCCAGUGAAGAGAUGACAGAAGCAAGAGCUGUCUCUCCCCUGGCUCCCGCUGCUCCUGGAGAAGAAGCCAAAGAGGAGCAAAAUGAGGUGGAUGACAACAACCCUCCAACGUUGUUCUCACCGCCCUAUUCCAGACCUGUGCUUCUAGAGAAAGAGCAGGAGCAGAGUGCUUCAUCAGAGAUGCCAUGCCAGACUCAGGGAGAGCUGUUCCCAGCCCGAGAGCAGGAAGAGCAGCUCAGGCAGCAGGUGGAAGAGCCACAGGAGAAUGGCCAGAAGAUCAAGGCAGAGCCACAAGCAGAGCUGCCCGAAGCUCAGAGUGCCAUCAUGGUCGUGAAGAGAAAGAACAGGGAAGACAUGGGAAGAAUUCAAGAGGAGAAUCUCCAUCAGCACAGGAGCCAUCAACAAAACCAGGUGAGUGAAAGAGUUGCAGCCACUCCACUCAUGAAAUAUCCUUUCCCUUCUCCUUUACAGUCUAUCAAGGGACAUGUGCAGGCAGAGCUGCAGGACUCUGAGGCUAGUAACAGGGCAAGGGAGAAGAGGCUGGAGGAAGAAAUGAAAAUUGUCAGAGAGAAACUUAAUCGCCUCCCUCAGGUGGCCAUAAAGAAAAUACAUCUUGAAGGACUGAGAACGAAGGAACUAACUGUUAAUGAAAUCAUGAUCAUGAAGAAGUGUAGGAGUCCCAGUGUUGUGAAUUAUUUAGACAGCUACCUUCUGGGUGAGGAACUCUGGCUGGUGAUGGAGUACAUGGAUGGAGGCGCCCUGAGUGAUGUCAUCCGCAAGACCUUCCUGUCUGAAGACCACAUUGCAGCCAUCAGUCGGGAGUGCCUGCAAGGACUGGAUUUUCUUCAUUCAAACAAUGUGAUCCAUCGAGAUGUGAAGAGUGACAACAUCCUUCUCAGAACCGAUGGCUCCGUCAAGCUGACUGAUUUUGGCCUCUCUACUCAGCUCAACUCUGAGCAGAGCAGACCGUGCUUGGUAGCCGGGACUCCUUGGUGGAUGGCGCCUGAAGUGGCGACAGGUCAACCAUAUGGCCCCAAAGUGGACAUAUGGUCUUUUGGAAUUGUGGGGAUUGAAAUGUUAGAAAAAGAACCUCCUUACUGGGACCAAAGUCAUGCCUCGGCUCGACGCCUGAUAGCCAAAGUAGGGACCCCAAAACUUCAGCAUCCCAAGCUCCUCUCACCUUUGCUGCGUGACUUCCUGAGCUGCUGCCUGCAGAGAGAUGAGGAGGAGCGCUGGUCUGCCAAGGAGCUCCUGCAGCAUCCAUUUGUAAGAUGUGCUGAGCCUGCGUCCAGCCUGGUGCCACUGAUUGUUUCAGUGAAGAGGAAGGAGACAAAAAUGUGA